CGGACAAAAACUUAACUGCUACUUUUAGUUUUAGAUUAAAGAAAAAUGAAAGCGUAUUAAGGUAUGAAAGCCAUACAAGUAAUAUUUACAAAUGAAUGAUUUUUACUCGAUGAUCAGACGUAGACUACAUUUCUGCAUAUGUAGUUUAUGAAAAGAAAUACUCAUGCUCAGGAAAAAGAAAACUAUAGUUUUUAUACUAACUGUUAUCCUGUUUUACACCCUUUUCACAGUUAUUGGCUUCGCUGGAAUCAAUCUGAGCUCAGAAAAAGAAAAGACGCAAUAUAGGGAAAAAAUAUUCUUCGGAAAGAUGCGUCAUACAAUAAAAAUCUCAAAUUUAACUCAGAACAAUGGUCGCUUGUCCCAAUACAAUGUAGAUCCACUGUCUGUUUAUAGUUUCACAGGAGGUGGAUGGCAAGUUUCAAAUGUGUGCAACCUAUCCAAGAAAUAUUUGAACGAUCAAGAUUUCUAUUUGACUCAAGCUCAUUCUGAGGCCGGUUCCGUUAAUCUCUUUGUUCACAACCCUGAGUAUGAUGCAAUAUCCGGUACAAUUAAACAACGGCGUUCUUUUGAAUCAGAGAAUGUAGAUGUUGUUAUGUCAAUAUUACGGAAGGAUCAACAGCUGUCUUUGAUUGACAUUGGAGCCAAUGUUGGUAUUUAUGCGUUAUCUGCUGCGUUGUUUGGUAGGCAGGUCAUAGCAAUAGAUGCCGCAGUGGAAAAUAUACAACACAUCUGUGCAUCCGUUGAAUAUGGACAUUUUACUAAUAGAGUUGCAAUUAUUUAUAAUGCUUUGUCUGAUUCACAUGGAAAAGUUGAGUUCAAACAUGGAGUUAAAGGUGAUUUCGGCUUAGGUCAUGUAGAUGCAGAUGGUAUUUCGUCAAAAAUGGAAACAAAAUUCAAGGACUAUUUUGACAAUGGGCGUACAGAUGCAGUUGAAGCAGUAAAACUAGAUGAUUUGCUUAGUCUACCUCAAAUAGCCUUUAUGAAAAACAUCCUCAUCAAAAUGGAUGUAGAGGGGCAUGAACAUCGAGUUUUAUUAGGUGCUAAACAGUUCAUGAAACAAAAACUAAAGUCAGUCAGAGGAAUUGUUAUGGAAUGGCAGUGGUUUUCUGACGAAGCAGAAAAUACAAUAAGAAAUUUGAUGGCUGGAUGGAACUUUGCCCCUUACAAAUUGAGUGGAUUGACAGAACCAUUGAAACUAAACCAAACAAUGCACUGGCCAAAUGAUGUAUUGUGGCUACCAAAAUAUUCAAAACAAAAUAAAGUAGUUAAAAAGGAUAACAAUCAUAGGUCAGCAUUAAAGACUUCAAGGCAACAACGCAAAAAUCAGUUUAUUCAAAUAAAGAGGUGAUGGGUGGAAUCUAAAAAGCUAACAAAAAAAGACCAAGGGACGAUUUUAG